GAUCAAAAUGGCGGCGGCCGGGAACGGCGUAGAGGAGUACCAUUGUAACUACUGCCAAGCAGAUUGUACGUCACUUCGAGUGAAAUGUGCUGAGUGCACCGAUUUCGAUUUGUGUCUUCAAUGUUUCGCUUGCGGCGCGGAAAUGGGUAAACACAAAAGAGGACACGAUUAUCAACUUAUGGAUGGUGGGACAUUUCCAUUAUUUACUGAGGACUGGACAUCUGAAGAGGAAGUGUUACUUUUAGAUGCAAUAGAACAGCAUGGUUUUGGAAACUGGGAUGAUGUUGCUGAUCACAUUGGUACCAAAACAGGCAAAGAGACCAGUGAACAUUAUGCUGACAAUUACAUCUCAGGAGUUGUUGGAAAAGCAACUGUUGAACCUUUUAAGAACAAAAUAGUUGAUCAUACAUCUGCUGAUCAAGAGGUACUGUCACCGACACUUUUGCACCCCCCUGAACCUGUGGAGAUGAAUGUAACUGAACAGCAGGAGCUAGGAUAUAUGCCACUCAGAGAUGACUUCGAAAAGGAGUAUGAUAACGAGGCUGAAACUCUUGUUAGUGGUUUACAGUUCAGUUAUGAUGAUGAGGAUGUGGAAGUAGAUUUAAAGCUAGGUAUAAUAGAUAUGUAUCUAAGAAGACUCAAGGAAAGACAACGCAGAAAGAAUAUUGCAAGACAACAUGGACUUAUUGCCAGCAAACAUAGAAUAAUAGCUCUUCGAAGAAAGUACAGCAAAGAGGACAGAGAGUUCAGGGACGCCACCAGAGUUUUUGCGAGAUUCAAAAGCCACAGCGAUUGGGAGGAAUUUCUGAAUGGUCAUUUACGAGAAAGGGAAUUGAGAGCAAGAAUCAAAGAUCUCACGCGGUACAGAAAGAAUGGAAUCACAAAACUAGCAGAGUGUCAAGAAUAUGAUGAACAAAGAUUGCGACGAGAAAGACGAAAAGAAAACAAAAGGAAAAUGGUGGGUGGAACCCAACCAAGAAGGACGAAUGUGUCGAUGGGAAAAAAGAACGAGGCCGCGUCAGAAGAUAAGGAUGAAAAAGAUCGGUCGUUAUCGUCGCCAAGUUUUGAAGAUCAAAUGAAAAACUGUCCCACCUACAAUUUACUGUCAUUAAUAGAGAGACAGCUCUGCGCGUCUAUGCACAUGAAACCUGGAUUUUAUCUCACAAUCAAAACAAUUGUAUUAAAGGAUAAUCUCCUGAGAAGACAAGGUGUUCAGGUUAAAACUCGAUAUCCACCGAAUCUCGACAAAACACACAGAAAACACAUCAUGAAUUUCCUCAAAGAGAGCGGCUGGGUCGCCACUUCGUGAUGCUUACACCACAUAGUCAUUCGAUGCGAAUGGGUGGUACGAUACAUAGUGACGUCUCAAUACUAUUUGAUUACAGAAUAUACGAAAGAAAUGUAAAUAUUUAGGCCCAUAUUCUUCUUAAUUGUAGGUACUAUUUAAGAAAGAUUGAAGUGUACAGUUUUAGCCCAUAUGUAAGCGGCGAGUCCAGCCGUAAAAAAUUAAGACGAGUUGAAAGUGUUUGAAAAAAAAAGUCUAAAUUAAAAAUUAAAGUGAACUAUGAUACUAACA